AUGUCCUCGAAAGCAAACGACGAGGUCUCCUCCGGCCUAGCCAAGCUCUCGCUCAAAACCGCCGAGCUCACACCAACUAGCCAAUUCAAAGCCAAGGCUCCAAAAAAGAAAAAUGCCAGUCCCGUCGCAGACAGCUGGGAAGAUGAAGUCGACGAGGAUGACGAGGAGGCUUCAGGCGCCGAAGACACCACACCCAUAGCCUCUUCAUCCACCACUACCACUGCCCACGCAGGGACGUCAGCUCCCCCACCAACACCCAUGUCCCCCGUGGCCAACGCCACCAAAACCCGAGCAUUUUCUCCCCCGGCCACCCUAUCUGGACCAGCCGGCUUCACCAUCCCGCCCUUUGACGGUGCCGUGGACACCAACAGCAUUAAUGCGCCGCCGUCGAAGCGGCCCGAAAAAACGGAUGCUGUAGCCCGGCGCAUGAUUGCUAGUGCGCUAGGGAUGCGGGCGCCCAGGAUGACGGAUGAGCAAAAGGCGUAUGAUCGGGCGGUGCGGGAGAAGGAGAAGAAGCGGCGGGCGGAGGAGAAGGAACGAGAGAGGUUGGAAGAGGAAGAAAGAGAGAAGGCAAGGAAAGCGAUAUGGGAUGAUUGA